AUGGUAUUGCUUACCACCCUCAAAAAUAUCGCCGUGGUUGGUGCUAGCGGCAAUGUUGGCACCCAUAUCACAUCGGCUCUCCUUGCGAAAACACACUUCAACGUCACAGCGAUCACUCGUACAGACUCCAAAGCUACCUUCCCACCAGGCGUUCGAGUCGCACGUAUCGACUAUAACAGUCCAGACACCAUAGUCAAAGCUUUGACAGGACAGGAUGCACUUGUUAUUACAAUGAGCGUGUUUGCUGGUGGCGCGCAGGAGCAACUCAUUCGUGGGGCAGCUCAAGCCGGCGUACCAUGGGUUCUACCAAACGAGUUUGGUAUGUACAACACAGAGGAAGCUCAGAAUGAAACUAUCGGACCGGGAAAGACCAUCGCUCGCAAACUCAUCGAGUCGCUCGGUGUUUCCUCUUGGGUAGGCCUCACCUCAGGUUUCUGGUACGAGUACUCCCUCAGCGGUGGUUACUAUGGCAUCAACAUACCGAAGCGCGAGGUCACUUACAUAGACGACGGUAAGCCGCGUCUGAACACCGCCACAUGGCCCCAGACUGGACUUGCCGUCGCAAACUUGCUAUCUCUGCCAGUAUCUGGAUCUGAUAGCGAUGGGCCGACCCUGGAGCAAUAUCGCAACCGCAUGCUCUUCGUUUCUUCUUUCGCUCUUAACCAGCGCGAGAUGCUCGAGGCUGUCCAGAAAGCAACGGGAACUACGGAGAAGGAUUGGAAAAUCACAUCCGAGUCAGCAAAGGAACGCUUGGCUACAGCCAGGCAGAGGAUGAUGAUGGGCGAUCGUAAGUCCUUUGCAACGGUUUUGUACACACGCUAUUUUAUUGACGAGACGGGCUUGUAUGAGAAGAAUCAUGGCCUGAACAAUGACGAGCUGGGCCUUCCGAAAGAGGAUCUGGACGAAGCUACGAAACGAGCCGUGGACCUGGCGUAUACGGAUUACCACAAGAACAUGUACUCGUAG